UAGGAAACUAAUAGGAGUGUUUCAAGUUUAAUGUGCCUCGAAAAAGUCAAAUCGAUGGUUGUUCCAAUCGAGUGGAAGAGAGAUAGAUUCGGCGCAAGUGUACAAUGAGCGCAACGGAACACAGCGUAACGGGACAAUGUGCGUUACGGGACAUUUUUUCGUGCGUGCAGCCGGUGUUCAUCGAUUUAUUAGACGUUGUCACGUCAAAAUAGACCAUUUCUCAUGAAAGUGUAUUAAUUUUAGGUAGAUUUCAAAGAAAUACUACCUAUUGUAGCCGUUAACAUUGUGCGACUUUCGGACAAUUUUUAUAAUUUUUUCGUUUCAUGGUCUAUAGACACCUAAACCAUCAUCAACUAAAAUGUUUAUACACAUUGUUACAAUUUAUAAUGUGGGGAGAACUGGGUUCGUAAGAGAUAGCCCAAUUAAGUUUUAUUACAGUUUUAUUAAUUACUAAUAUUUACAUUACUAAUAAAUAAUUGCGCUUAAAAAUGUCCAAUUACAAAUCACUGGCACUUAAAAAUGUUUAUUCGCAAGGCACUCACUGUCAAGUUCCACAGUUCGCCCACCUCACUGGAGCUAGGCUCAACAUUGGUUCGUCCCUUACCUUGCGCCUGUCCACACAGUCACGCGCCACUCAUUCGCCACACACUCACGAUCCCGUCGCUCCGCGUCUCGCCACUCUCGAAGGGGUCUCUCAACCUCCUCGCCGAUAUCGCACUUUCCUUCACUCACGGAACUCUCCGAACUCUCUCGAAACUUACGCGGCACUCAUCGCGGAACUCACGUGGCACCUGUCGCGGACCUCCCGCAGGGGCCGGCGUCGCUGCUUAAGUGCUUGAGGAUCGCCUUUCCAGAAUUGACGAACGCGACUGUGACGAGUCGCGGCUUCCCGGGCUGACCUGACACCCGAACAGUCGAUAAAGGUGGCGCUCAUUCACGCCACUCCGCGCAGUGGCCCGCAGAAUUUCCAAGGCCAUUCAGCAAUAAAUAGCAGCGCCGAGACGAGACGAUGCACAGGGUGUGUAGAGGGGAGGGGGGUAGCAACGACCCUUGUAAUCCGACCAGGCGCACGUGACAUGCCUAACGUCAGCGGACCGCAAGCGACACGGCGCGUGAUGCCAGUGGCCAUGCAGGGCCGCCAGCCAGAUCCGAACCUGGCAUCGCCGUAUGAUCUCUCUAUUUCGUAAUUAUAUAUUUUUUUAUAAGGAGCACAUGAAGAAUACCAUCAAAAUAUUGCCAGGAAUAAUCAGGAGCACACGGAGAAAACUAACGCAAGUUUUCCUUAGUAUCAGAAAAUCAUAGAAAAAAAUAAAAAUAAAAAUAAUAAUGAUAAUUAAAAAUAGAAAACAAAACAUGAAUAAAAAUUUGGAAAUAUUUUGGCUUGUACUAGAACUCUAUCCUUGAUCAGCAAAUGAGAUUACAAGCUGGCAGAAGCUGCAACAUGCAACUUUUCUAGAAUUCGAAAUGGUGACCGUAACGAUGUAUGAAGCGGCGAUGUCUUAAUUCAAGAUGGUAAAAAUUUUUAAUAACAUUUUAUUAUUUAAGAUUUUUAUGAAUGCUUAAGUUUUCCUGGUUUUCUAGCAUAAAAAACGCAUUUUUUAAUGGCGGCCGUAACGAUAAUCACAACAGUUACUUCAUAAUUCAAAACGUCGGCCGUGUCACCCUAAAUGUCAAGGUCAUGAUAUCGGCGGCUUAUGGUGGCUUGCUUUUAGGACUCUUAAGCCACUUGUAGGAAUUUUUGAGGAUUAAAACAGGAAAUUUUCCCUCAAAACGGGAAUUUUUCCCUCGAAAGAGAAUUUUUUUAUUUUUCAAAUCUUAUGAGAUAUUUUGGCAUAAUUAUUUUUUUAAAGCAGUUAAGCACUAUGCCAUGACCAUCACGCCGCCCCCGACACCGCCGCCACCGCCUGCCGAGAACGCUACUGAUGCAGUGCCGCGUCUCAACUGGGCAACGUCUCCGCGCUUCCCAGCCGGCCCACAGGCCGCCGAAGCAGUUCCGUACAAUGCGAUGAUCAACACGCCGCCCCCGACGCUGCCGCCCCCAACUGCCGUGAAGGCUCCCGGGGGUUGAUGCGGUGCAAACCGGCCGUGCUGCCACCUCCGCCAGAGGACAAAACGAACACUGAGGCGACUACGACAGAAGAUCACCUGGAGGAACCACUCCUUUGACGCCGCCCACGGUCGCUGAGAAAGCGGCUGGCACAGGGCGGUGGCGUAAAACGACGAUUUUGUGGCACUCUCUGGGGGAUCAAACACCUGCUGAGCCAUUCACAGUCGGCCCGACGCCACCUCACGCACGUCACCAAGGGCGUGCCACUCACGCCCGCCGCGCACAUCACCACAGUCAUGCCACUCACGCCCGCCGCGCACAUCACCACAGGCAUGCCACUCAUGCACGUCACCACGGGCGUGCCACUCACACACGUCACCACGGGCAUGACACUCAUGCAUGCCACCACGGGCGUGCCACUCACGUCCGCAACACACAUCACCAAGGGUGUAACACUCAUGUCCACAGUGCACGUCACCAAGGGUGUGCCACUCACGUCUGCAGCGCACAUCACCAAGAGCGUGCCACUCACGUCUGAAGAGCACGUCACCAAGGGCGUGCCACUCACUCCAGCCACACACAUCACCAAGGGUGUGCCACUCAUGCCAGCCACGCACAUCACCAAGGGUGUGAAACUCACGACAGCCGCGCACGUCACUGAGGGCGAGCCUCUUCCGCCCGCCAUGCACGUCACUGAGGGCGUGCCACUUCCACCCGCCACGCAAGUCACCGAGGGCACGCCGCCACCAUGCAUGCCACUGUAGGCACGCCACCUACGCACGUCAUGCACGCCGCUGAAGGCGCCACACCACUGCCCGCCACACACACCGCUGAAGGCGCCACACCGCUGCCACCCGCCACGUGCACCACCUUGGGCGCGCUGCCGCCUGCUGCUGAAGGUGCCGCGAUGCCGCCGCCCCAUGGGCAGCCGCCCCGGGUGUACCAGUCAAGAGUGAGCUGAUGCAGCAGCUGGCGGUGGAGGAGGCUGUGCAUCUGCGCCAGCAGGAUGCCCAGCUGGUGGAGACCACGGCCCGUGCCAACCAGGAGGAGCGUCUGCGGCUGCUAAGCGAGCUGCUUGCAGCGGAGACUGCCGCGCUGAGGAGUGCAUGUGAGGAUCUGGCUGCUCUGCAGAAGCAGGUAGAGGAGUUGAAGCGACAGCAUGCAGAGGAAGUGCAGGAGCUGCAGGGGAAAAUAGCUGCCACCCAGCAGCGCAACCUGCACCUCACUAAGAAGUUGAGUGACUGUCGCAACGAGCUUAGAGAAAACAAGUACAUCAUCAACCUCCUCACAGAAAAACUCUACGCAAAUGGGAUACAGCUCGAGGAAGUGCUCGGAAAGGAACAGCAGGUUACUGAGGAACAUACGGAGUACGAGGAUGUAACAAUCAGUGAAGAACAAAGUGAUUCUGAAUCAUCAGAAGAAAGUAAAUUUGAGCUUGCAGCUCCAAAUACCAGUAAAUCCUUCAAUGUGACCUGUAUGAGGGAAAAUUUGGAUUCAACGACAAGCACUAUUUUCCCAGGAUCUACAGCAGUUGUACAAUCAAAAAUUCAUUUGGAACCAAAAGUGGUGGACCAGGACAGCAAUAUUUUAGGAUUAAAUGAUCAAGCUGGUCAUCCAAAUAAAAAAAGUUCUACCAUUGACAAUUUUAUUCAAACUAAUAAUAUAAAUUCUUUAAAUUUAAAAUGUUCUACUGAAAAGAGUAUAAUUAAUCAAGCGAUUGUAAACCAGUUUACAUAUUACAUGUGUAAAACUAGUUUUUAUAGUACUUCCAUGUCGAAACAACACGUUAACAACACACAUGAUGCAGACUAUAAGAAAAUGUGUGUUGAAAAUUUGAGAAAAAGAAAACAUUAUUCACGUGCAGAAUGUCUCAAGAAAUAUUCUUCUAAACCUCAUCUGAAAGCGCACUUGAACACCCAACCAACUGAGAAACCAUUUUCAUGUUCAUUGUGUACCAAAGAGUUUUUCACUAAGACUAGUCUAAGAAUGCACAUGUGUACUUAUACAGUUCAAAAAUCAUUGUCACAUCCAGUACACAGUAACAUUUUACCUCAUGAAAGUCACACUAGUGAGAAACUGUAUUCAUGUUCAGUAUGUAGCGCAAACUUUUUGUUUAAAAGUAACUAUAAUAAACACAUGCGGACACACAAAGGUGAGAAACCAUUUUCAUGUUCUGUAUGUAGUGCCAAGUUUUCUCUUAAUAGUACCUUGAAAAAACACAUACGUACACACACUAGUGAAAAACCAUAUUCAUGUUCAGUAUGCAGUGCAAAAUUUUCUCAGAGAAGUUACUUGAAUGGACACAUGCGCACACACACAAGUGAGAAGCGUUUUCCAUGUACAGUAUGUAAUGCCAAAUUUUCUGUUAAAAGUUAUUUAAAAAUACACAUGCGCAUACAUACAGGUGAAAAACCAUUUUCAUGUUCUGUAUGCACUGCAAAAUUUUCUCAGAGUAGUGCUAGGAAUGUUCACAUGCGCACACACACAAGUGAAAAACCAUUUUCAUGUUCAAUAUGCAGUACCAAAUUUUCUCUUAAGAGUACCUUGACAAAACACAUACGUAUACACACUGGUGAAAAACCAUAUUCAUGUUCAGUAUGCAGUGCAAGAUUUUCUCAGAGAAAUUCCUUGAAUGGACACAUGCGCACACACACAAGUGAGAAGCGAUUUUCAUGUACAGUAUGUAGUGCCAAAUUUUCUAUUAAGGGAAACUUGGAAGUACACAUGCGUUUACACACAGGUGAAAAACCUUUUGCAUGUUCAGUAUGCAGUGCAAAAUUUUCUCGGAAAUUUAUCUUAGAUUCACAUGUGCUUACACACACAGGUGAGAAACCAUUUUCGUGUUCUUUAUGUAAUGCAAAAUUUCGUGUUAAAAGAUCCUUGCAAAAACAUGUGCAUAAACAUGCACGUGAAAAACCAUUUUCGUGUUCAGCAUGCGAUGCAAAAUUUUUUCAGAGAAGUUCCUUAAAUGUACAUGUGUGCUCUGACAGAUGAGAAAACAUUUUCAUGUUUAGUAUGGAGUGCAAAAUUUUCUUUGAAUGUUUCCUUGAAUGUACAGCCCACUCAUACAGGUGAUAAACUAUUAUUGUGUUUAGUUUGCAGUGAAAAGUAUUCUCAAUAAGAGCUUCACUGUGUAAAAUCAAUGUACACACAGAGGUGAGAAACCAUUUUUGGGGUUAUUUGCAUUAUUAACAAUGAUAUAUAUUUUUAAAAUGUAUUUGAAUAUAUUUUUUCAUGUAUUUUUCAAGGCAUGUGACAUGCAUUUGAGAAAACAUUUGAAUGGUCAGUGAAAUGCAUAUAUGAGAAAUUUUCUUAUGUUAACUGUAUGUUUUAACAUUUAAUGCCUUGCCUAUGAACUUGUAAAUUGUUACAAAUUAAGUUCAAUAAAUUUCGAGUUUUGGUUUUAGUGCAGUAUUUUUUGUAGAAAAAUCAUGUUCAACUUUUAGGUAAGAAAUUAUUAUAUUUUUCAUGUUAUUAUAUUUUUACUCAAAAGUGUUAAAUAUUAUUAUGGUAAUAAAUGCUGUAAGAUAAUAAACAUGAGAAAUUUGACUAAA